ACGCCAUUCAAGUGUCUUCCACCUCUGAUUUACAGCACGUCUCCCGUGUUGCCUGCCGCAUCCGCUCCUGCAUGCCAGCUUGCCUAGCACGUUCCAGGAACGCCUGAAGCUCUACACGGGGCCGAAUCAUCUUCACUACGACAAGGACCCGGUCGACUUCCCCAUGCACAAGAUUAAGGAUGUUACCGCGGACACCGUGUACCGCACGCGGGAUCUCCCGGCAAAGUACUACACGAAGAUCGCGCCAAGGAAGGCGUUGCAGAAGGAGCGGUUCCAGCAGACCUUGAAUGAGAUGCAGCUCAAAGCUUUCAAGAACUUCCUCAAGAAACAGUUCGAGGACGAGGGCGCGGAGGCCACUGAGCGUCUGGAGCUGGACCAGCUGGUGCAGCAAGCCGAGCUCGCGAGGCAAAUCAAAGUCCGGAACGAGGGCAAGGGCAUGCGCAUCCAGAAGGCGCCACCGCAGUAUUAUCCAGGCACCCGCAUCGAGGUCCAGCCGAUCCGCGGCGGCUCGUCCACCGACACGGUGGGCAUACCCCGCAGCCGCUGAGCGGGCGAUGCCGCGAGCGCUGGAGGAGGCGGAGGAGGAGGA